AUGGCUCAAACAACCAUGUCCCUAGGCAGUCAUUGGCCUAGAACCAGCACGCUGCGAGGAUGUCGUACCAAUCGCCUUCUUCGGAUGUUCGCCCAUACUUUGAUUGGACUUUCAGUUCUAUCUGCUCCGUUGCAGACCUUUGCUUUCGGCAGCCUUGGUACCAAUUCAGUGAUUCGCAGUAGCAGUUUACGACUCUCCUCGAACCGCGGAAGCACCGCCUCCCGCGAGGGCCAACCAGUCGUCGCCGUCAACCCCACAAACCCCGACAAUUUUGUCUUCGUGUCGACACGCUUCCAUCCUCUGCCUGAACUUGAGCCCGUUGGGGUUUGCUUUCUGACCUAUACGCUCGACCGCGGAAUCACCUGGAACAACGUCACAGCGGAUUACCCCUUAGGUGCCGCCCCGAAGUGUGGCGAGCCACAGGUCUUUGCCGACGCGAAUGGGACGUUUUAUCUCCUCAACAACCAGGUCUUCUCUGGCUUGGAAGAUAACAUUGCCGCUCAUCCCUACGUUCCAUCUGUGACACCGCUUCAUAUGCAAGGUGCGACAAAGCUGCGGGUAGACGUGGCUACCGGAAAGGUGUACGCGAAUAGUGCAUCAUCUUGGAAAUACCCAGCAGCUGUGUCUGUCAGCUCAGACGGUGGCGAGACCUGGGCUGCUUUCAAUCAAAUCCCCGGUCCCGUGGACGUUUGCCUGGACUAUCAGAUUCCAGACCUGCCUCCAAUCUGUGGAUGCCCCGGCAGAUCUGUUGCAACAUUUCCCUUGACUGAUACCCAAGGCAAUCUUGUGGCGAACGGCACCGGCCCGAUGCUGGCCAAGUCUGGCAUUGGUCUUCCUAGUGAUCCGACUCCGUGGCUGUCCGCAGACCCUACCUCAACGGGUCGUUUCGCGCUUAUGGUUCCACGCGACUUCACGCUGGAGAUUUACAUCACGGAUACUGCAGGUCAAAACUUCACAGGUCCAGCCGUUAUCCAGACUCAUGAUGCGCAGCGUCCUGCCUUCGACUUUGGUCCGGAUGGCCAACUUGGUGUCAUGUGGCGCACUAACUCGUCGGGCAUCCUCGAUGUCUACUCGACGGUAUCUUUUGACGGCGGACGUAACUUUGCUGCACCAAUCAAGGUGACGGCACAGCCGCAACCUGUUGGUCAAAAUGGCCAGCCCGGCGACCGAGCUUCCUCUGUCUCGCUCACUAAUACCUAUGCUUAUGUUGCCUGGUCUGACGGCCGCGAUGGCUUACUGGACGCUGUUCUUGCUGAGAUACCCUUGGAUCUGUUUCAAACUAUGUCUUAG